AUGCGCUCCCUGGACAAAAACGAGCUCCAGAUACAUGUAAAAUCAAAACGCCACAUAGAGUCUCCCCGACACAUAAAAGUCUUCAAGGUGACCGCCACACACGGGAAUGAAGUCAUUGCGUCGUUGAAAAUAUGGAAAAUUGUUCGCACCGAAUUCCGCGACGAUUUCCUGGUCACACUCUACGAGGAACUCUUUGAGCUCUCAGAGCUCUUUGACAAAUAUGGACGAGUCCGGCCACGCAUCAUCGAACCUGGGUACCAUAGUGGAACAAUGUGCUGGGGAGAAGAGUUAAACAAGGGAGACCUGUUCUACAUAUUUUCGGUCUCUGUGAAAGAGGAGCUCCAUGUCAAUGGGCAAGGGAUCGGCUCAUGGCUUCUCAACAAAUUCCUUCGUUCACAACGCAUUCAGCAGGAGGAUAUUGUGAUCUGUUGGCCAACGUACAAUGAUAUAGACGAUCCAGUGGAGGAGACGGGGGACCGUCAGGUUGCGUUCUUUCGCAAGAAUCAUUUCCGUCGGAUCGGACGCACGAGAUUUUUCGGGUAUUCGCGCAAUAAUCGCCAUGUCUCUCGUCUCCUUUCUAUUGAAGAAGAUGUUGAAGAAUUGGGCGCAGGGUUCAAGGAGGCCCCCACGGACCCCCAACGCGAGUAUCCUCUGCGUCACGCUAUCAGGUGUGAUAAAACAUCCCGAAUUGUCGACACAAUUCAAGAAUACUACGAUCGAGAUCCGUCCAGCAUCCACGCCUUUGACUGGGCCGGCUUUACUCCCCUUCAUACUGCGGCUGACAACGUUAAUCUCUUCGCCCUUCGCAAGCUCUUGAGCUGGGACAUGAGCGCGGACCUCGUGAAUAUAACGAAUGCCAGCGGCGAAACCCCUCUAGGAGCAUUACAACUCCAGAUGAACUGCGAUCGUACGGAUGUGGACACGCAAUUAGUGUACAACUGGGAAGGGUACCCAGAAGACGAACUCGAGGCAGAGUUUUUGCUUAAACAAAGGAUGGGAAUCCCGGUUCCCAGCACGCUCGGAGAAUACAUCCAGAAGAGCCGAUAUGGCUGCACUUGUGGUCAGUGUACCGGCGGCUGGCUGUCUCCUCGUAUGCGUUUCCAGCUUUCUUGUAAAGCUGCCUAUGCAAUGGACACGAUGCCAGAAUUCUACGACGAGUUCACCCAGGGCAAGCCUGGUGACCUCACGCAACUCUACUACCUGCACUCUGACUACAUUCCGCCCACAUUUCAGUCAAACUUCUACCUGUCGUUCUACGAGGGCUACUGCAACGUGUUUAGAGCUAUCUAUGAGCUUCUGGAGUCCACGGACGAAAUUCUUUCAGUCGAGACUGUCGAGCGCCGUCUUCCUGGCACAAGCUACUACUUGCGGAAGGGCGGCCGCAUCGAGUUUGUCUUGGAUGCUAUAACGAACACUGCCUAUGAAGCGUCCGCCCUUCGUGACAAUGAGCACGAGGAAAUAUUUGGGGAAGACGAGGGUUGGACUGCAUUACCAACUUGCGCCAACGAUCUCGAUUUCCAGCUCGUCCGCACGGUGCUGGGCCUAAUUCCAGGCAAGAGAUGGGGUCCUUACCAACUUAUAAGUUAUCGAUAA